GAGACAGGGUGCAAUAAUAAAUUAGAUAGCUAAGUGAAAAGGUAGUAAGUACUUUCGUGACUAACAAAAACUGUCAUUUUCUAGGACAACGUUGUGACGAUAUAAACGAUGAAAGAUCCCUCGAUCAGUUUUAUUUCAAACAUAAAGUUCUUAGUCUCUAGUUAAAAAUCGGACGUUCUCAGCUUUCUUUUAUUGACGGAUCGUCGUCGUAUGUGAAUGUUUAUCGUCGAAUAUGACAAAUUUAUUAUUGCAUUCUCUACUUUUGAAUAUUGCCGGCAACGUCGUUAUGCCUGGUGGAAAUUCGAGUUACGAGAAGACGAUCGACGCUACGUUAAAUAUUUUAAUGUCCUGUGCGUUAAAAAAUAAUUCAAACUUUCUAUUCGCCGGCGAAUACGCAGAGGUCUUAAUUAAUCAUCGCCAUUUUUUCGGACAGACCGCAAUAGCUCUGGUGGCAGAAUCAAAAAACUCGACUUUCGAUUCGUUCACUUUGACCCAGCAUUCGUUUCUUAUUUACAAACAAACGUAUUACAAGUUCGUACGAUUUCUUUACAAACUUCGUCUAUUUGUCGUGAUUACUUCCUCCCAACCGAUUCUUAAAUUGACUUUGAAAAGAAUAAAGGAAACUACGUGGGCUAAUAGCAAUGGAUAUUAUAUUCUAAUAGAUAGGAAGACCGCGGAACGUGGUUGCGGUAACGCUAAAUCGUAUCUUUGGACAGCUUGGCAAUUCGAUCUUCUACGUUCGAUCUUUAUUUGCUUCGAUCCUAUCGAAGGUGUCGUACUUUAUUCUUACGAUCCUUACACAGGUGAACCAUCGAAGGAUUGGAAGGAGGUGAAAAGAAUUUCUGGACGUAAUGGACAUCCUUGGCUUUUACUUCAAAAGAGAUACGACAAAGCAAUUUGUCCAUUCAAAGAAGUUAACAGAAUCACUACAUUUCAUGGUUACGAAGUAAGAUUGUGCGCGAUACAAGUACCACCAUUUCUAUACAUACAGAAUAAUCUCACCGGAUUGGAAAGAUUUAAAGGGGAUGACAGCAUUAUCGUACAAACGAUUCUUAAGAAGCUUAACACUACUAUAAACAUUACGGUAAAGAAUCUUAUGUUGGGUGGUAUCGAUAAAUAUGGAGGUAUGACCGGCUUGUUAGAAGAAGUUACGAAUGGUCUUUGCGAUAUAGCAAUGAAUUCCAAGAGCUUCACCAUGAUGUGGCAUCUGAGUUACAGCUAUCCACACGACGAAUCUGGUUUAUGCGUUAUGUCUCAAACGAAAGAAGAAGUUUCGGAGCUACGAAAAUUAAUGAACCUUUUGGCGACACCCUUCAUGUUAGGCAUGAUGAUAAUCUACACGGUUACUCUUCUGAUCAUGACGAAAUUAGAUGGAUUCUUUGAAGCCUUUUUAAAUGUAGAACGUUUGUUAUUAUGCGUCGCCAUAUUACGUCCACCUAAAAUAAAUUCUUACAGAAUUUAUAUCUGUAUGAUGUUUAUACUCUCGUUAUCUGCAAAUGCUGUUUUUCAAAGUCAUUGGUAUUCUUUACUAACGGUGCCUCAAUUCUAUUCGAACAUUGACACUUACGAUGAUCUCAAGGAUUCUAAACAUGAUAUAUAUGGAACCAUAAGUUUCAAAGGUUUGGUCGGUGAAGAGUUGGAGUCUCGUUUUCAUGAAACCUCUUACUUCGAUUGCCUUGAGAUAGUUAAAAAUACGAGUACCGCGGUAUGGAUAUCGGAAUGUCUUAACAUACAUUUCAGAUUAAUAAACGAAACGAAUUUGUACAUUUCGAAAAAUAAAGUAAGAGAAUUCGUGUCAUCGUUCAUUGCCAGAGAAAAUUGGCCGAUCUUCAGAACGUUCAAUAGGAAUUUGCAAAGAUUAGUAGAAUCUGGUCUGAUCGCUAUGUGGAAAAAACAUACUAUCGCGUAUUUGCAACGAAAUAUGCAACUGAAAAUAAUGAACGCGACUGGAUACAAAGUUCUUAAGUUUAAACAUCUUGAUUUUAGUUUUUACAUACUUGCAAUAGGCAAUGCUUGUGCCAUUAUAGUUUUCUUCAUGGAAUUGAUGGUCCAUCGAUAUCGCGAAAAUAUGAGAAAGAUCAUUAAAAAGAAUAGUUCGUUGAAAUUAAAUUAAAUCGUGCAAACUGUUUUAAACGAAUUAAAAUCGCGUCGAUCUACGUAUUAAAAUUUUAAUUAUAAGCUUUAACUUGAUGUUUCAAAUUAAUUUUUUUUUUUUACGAUCUAUACACAAGACAAAAUAGUAAGAGCAACGUCGCUAAAAUGUUAUCGAUUAUUUCCCGUAAAAUAUUGAUCUGUCAAAAUAGUAAAUGUAAUACGUAUGUAUUGUACCAGUGAAAUAAUCGAUUGAAUAAAUUUU